UCCGCCCCUGGACACAGACACAGUACACACAGCCCAGAGGUUCAGCUGGAGGGGAAACAAAAGAACUCUUGACUAUGGCUAGCAACUUCAUCCUGGGGCUCAACCCUCAGAAACCUCAUUAUAUCCCAGGGUACACUGGACACUGCCCACUACUUCAGUUCAGCAUGGGCCAGACAUAUGGGCAGGUGACUGGUCAGCUACUUCGAGGCCCUCCUGGCCUUGCUUGGCCUCUUGCUCACCGAACACUCCUGCCUCCCAUUUGGCCUGCAUGAUCUUCUGAGCUUCCCAGGAGGAGGUCACCUCAGCGCGGGUGUGAAAGGCUCAGCUCGGGCAUGAUCCCUGGGUACACAGGAUUUGUACCUCAGGCACCGUUCAUCUUUACCAAGAACUGCAGCCAGGUCUGGGCUGAGGCUCUGAAUGAUUUUACUCAGCGGCAUGGGAAUCAGAGGAGCGAAGAGCUGCCAGAGGAGGCCAAGGGAGACCAAGGACUGGAGGCAGAGAAGACAGAGCUGAAGCAGGAGGUGGAAUAAGCAUCCCCCUACUCCAUGGAUGAUAAAGACCCUCGGAAGUUCUUCAUGUCAGGCUUCACUGGCUAUGUGCCCCAUGCUCGCUUCCUCUUUGGCUCCAGCUUCCCUGUGCUCACCAACCAAGCAUUGCUGGAAUUUGGGCAAAAGUACAGACAGGGCAGAGCCCAGAAGGAUCCCAAACCUCUCCCUCCACUUCCUAGGACCUACCUUCAGAACCUGGGUCUUCUACCUCAUUACGGGGGCUAUGUGCCAGGUAAAGUAUAAGGAACUGUUCAAAGAAGAGAGAAUUGCUUGGGCUGGGGAUGAAGCUCAUACCAUUAUUGGGCCUA